UUCGUUAAGCUCUUUGCCCUAAUUUGUUUUUUCUCAGUAAAAAUUGAUUCAAUUCUUUUUCUUGAAAUCGAUUCAGUUAGAUUCAAAUCCCGCUGAAUAUUUAUACAUAAUCCAAACCCAUCUCGAAAACCUUUAUAAUUUCUGUCUUUGAGCUCAAUUAUCUCUGAUCUCAAAUGGGUAAGAACGAUUUUCUCACUCCAAAAGCAAUCGCCAACAGAAUCAAAGCCAAAGGUCUCCAGAAGCUCCGAUGGUACUGCCAAAUGUGUCAGAAGCAGUGCCGCGACGAGAAUGGCUUCAAGUGCCACUGUAUGAGCGAGAGCCACCAGCGUCAGAUGCAAAUCUUCGGUCAAAACCCUCACCGCAUCGUCGAAGGUUACUCCGACGAGUUCGAGAACACGUUCCUCGACCUCAUGCGGCGGAGCCACCGGUUCUCGCGGGUGGCUGCUACCGUCGUUUACAAUGAAUAUAUCCACGACAGGCAUCACGUACAUAUGAACUCCACGCAGUGGGCUACCUUGACAGAAUUUGUUAAGUAUUUGGGUCGGACGGGGAAGUGCAAGGUUGAGGAGACGCCGAAAGGGUGGUUUAUUACUUAUAUUGAUAGAGAUUCAGAGACCCUUUUUAAGGAAAAGAUGAAGAAUAAGAGAAUUAGAGCAGAUUUGGCUGAGGAGGAGAAGCAAGAGAGGGAAAUCCAGAAACAGAUUGAGAAGGCUGAGCAAUUUUAUACAACAAUUAGAAAUGAGGAUUCUGAGAAAGAGAGUACUGAAGUGGUGGAGCCUGCAGCUAAGGAAUUGAAGUUGGAGGGUGGGGUUAGGAUUGGCUUUGCUCUUGGUUCAAAAAAUAAUGUUGUUAAGGAAAAAGGAGAGAGCUCCACUAGAUUGGUAUUUGAAGAAAUUGAGGAGAAGGAUAGAAAGAAUGAAGAAAAUGGUAAUGUGGUUAAGAGUGGGAAAUCGGCGUUGGAGGAGUUGAUGAGGGAGGAAGAGAAGGCCAAGGAGAGGAGCAAUCGGAAGGAUUAUUGGCUGUGUGAAGGGAUAAUUGUUAAGGUGAUGAGUAAGACAUUGGCAGAGAAAGGUUAUUAUAAGCAAAAAGGGGUGUUGAGGAAAGUGAUUGAUAAAUAUGUUGGGGAAAUUGAGAUGCUUGAGAGUAAGCAUGUGUUGAGAGUUGAUCAGGAAGAACUUGAAACUGUGAUUCCACAGAUUGGGGGUCUUGUAAGAAUAGUUAAUGGAGCCUACAGAGGGUCAAAUGCGAGGUUGUUGGGAGUGGAUACAGAGAAGUUUUGCGCCAAGGUGCAGGUAGAGAAGGGGAUUUAUGAUGGAAGAGUGCUCAAGGCUGUGGAGUACGAGGACAUAUGCAAACUUGCUCAGUGAGUUUGGAUACAUUUUACUUCAGUGCCAGGAAUUAUCUUUCAACUUUUGUGGUUGUUCCUCAUUUUUUUUAAUCUUUUCUAGAGUCUGUUGAUGCAUCUUUUAUCAUCUUGUAUCUUUUCCUUCUGGAUGGAUGAUCUAGAAACUGUUUAUAAAUUGACAAAAGAAUUGAGAAACUCAUCUUUAAA